AGAGAUGGGUGGUAGGGUCGGGUAGAGAAAGUGGCUUCUCCCGCCUCUUCAAUUCUUGAAUCCGCUGAAACAGUAAAGUAAAGUAAAGUAAAGUAAAGCCCUCAUUUUCUUUAGAGAGAGAAAGAGAGGAAUGUUGAAGUUUCCUCUCGCUCUCUGCAAAUAAUGGACACCCCUGAUAGGAGCAAGAUCAACACCCCUCUUUCCCAAUUCGAGGAUUCGCCUGUAUUUAACUAUAUCAGUAAUCUAUCUCCUAUAGAGCCCGUUAAGUCAGUUCACAUUACUCAGACAUUCAACUCGCUUAGCUUUUCAUCCCCUCCAUCUGUUUUCACAUCUCCCCAUGUCAACUGUCACAAGGAAUCCAGGUUCUUCAGGAGGCAUAACCUUUUGGACACAUCCAAGCCUAAGGUGCCGUCUGAAGAUGCAAAUAAUGUUUAUUCAUGUGAAGAGACUCCUGCAGAUUCAAUUCAUGAUGCAUGUCGUGAAUCAAGAGAGUUACAGGAAAAUACUGAUAAAAGGGUUUCCACAGGAGAUGCCUCAAUUGAGCAAUGUAAUGAAAACCCAAAUACCUCCUCAAUUGAGCUUCCACAAGUCUUAAAAUAUAAUUUUGGGAGCCCUGGGUAUGAUCCUCUACUCUGUGGUGAUGAGGUUAACUCUCUUUUGGCAUUGCCUGGCAAGCCAGGAUCAGAUGUUGCCUAUGUCCCAGAAGGCUCGGAAAAAGGUUCAAUUGAAGGUGAAAUGCAUCUUCCAGAAUUAUGUCAGAUUGAGGAAAAACUUGAAGGCCAAGAUUGUGGUGUGGAUGGUUUAAUCACUGAAGCCUCUGAUCUGUUGAAGUUUAGCUCCCAAAAUGUGACAGAAGCUUUUAAAGGUCUAAAUAAACAACUAAACCCUUCAAUACAGCUUAGCAAUUCUAUGACUACUUUACCACAAUCUGCCAUCAAUGAUGGUCAUAAAAUGCACAUUGUUAAUGCAGUUGCUUCUGGUUCAGAACAUGAAAUUGAAGAUCGUCCUUCUGAAGCAGCAGCAGCCACAGACACAAGUCAGAGACAGGACAAUCUUGCCAAUGUUGCUUUGAUGGCUAGCAAUCCAAGUGAGAAAAUGGAUGAUAAGCUUGUUUAUGUGACACACCGGGGUAUACGGAGACGCUGCCUAGAUUUUGAGAUGGCCAGUGUGCAAAGGAAGAACUCAGAUGAUAAUUCAAACACCAAUUCUAGUACAGUGAAAUCUGAUGUGAGGAAUGUUGGUAAUGAAAAGCAACUGCUUCCUACAAAGCACAGUGGUGAUUCACGGAGGUGUGUUUUGCCAGGAAUUGGUUUGCACUUGAAUGCACUUGCAACCUUCAACGACUGCAAAAACAUAAAAAUUGAGAACUUGUCAUCUGGAAGGCAGCCUAAUCUAUCCAGUUCUUCAUCCUUGCAACUCUCUGCAAGCCAAGAACAUCAACUAUCAUUGGUAGCUAUGUCAGUGGAAGGAGAUCUGGAGCCAUCAGAGAAUGAGGUUCAGCCUGGUGAAGAUUGUGCCCAGUCAUUAGUUCACGUGGAAGGUGAAGAUAUCCAGCAGAAUAGCCCAAAAAAGAAAAGGCGCAAGUUGGAACCAGCUGGGGAAGGGGAGUCGUGCAAACGUUGUAAUUGUAAGAAAUCAAAGUGUUUGAAGCUUUAUUGUGAGUGCUUUGCUGCUGGAGUCUACUGCAUAGAACCUUGUGCAUGUCGUGAUUGCUUCAACAAGCCUAUUCAUGUUGAUACUGUUCUUCAAACUCGCCAGCAGAUUGAAUCUCGUAAUCCACUUGCAUUUGCUCCCAAAGUCAUACGUAGUUCUGAUUCUGUACCUGAAAUUGGGGAUGAUCCUAACAAAACUCCAGCUUCAGCACGACACAAAAGAGGAUGUAAUUGCAAGAAAUCAAGCUGCCUAAAGAAAUAUUGUGAAUGUUAUCAGGGUGGUGUUGGUUGUUCCAUAAGCUGUAGAUGUGAAGGAUGCAAGAACACAUUUGGUAGAAAGGAUGGUUCUGUUCCUUCUGGAAUAGGAGCCGAACCUGAAGAAGAAACAGAAGCGUGUGAAAAGGGUGUGGUGGAAAAUGCUACACAGAAAUAUGAAAUUCAGAAUACUGAAGACCAUCCAGAUUGUGCUCUUGCUGCCACACCAUUACAGCUUUCCAGACCAUUGCUUCCAUUACCCUUUUCAUCAAAGGGUAAGCCACCAAGAUCUUUUGUUACUACCAUCUCUAGUUCUGGUUUGUUUGUCAGCCAAAAGCUUGGGAAAUCAAACGCUUCACGGUCUCAACCUAAAAUUGAAAAGCCUUUGCAAACUGUUCCGGAUGAUGAUUCUCCUGCCACCUGCAUCAAAACUUCUUCUCCAAAUGGCAAGAGGAUCUCCUCUCCUAAUUGUGACGUUGGAUCAUCAUCUCCUACUCGCAGAGGAGGGAGGAAGUUGAUAUUACAAUCUAUCCCUUCUUUUCCUUCUCUCACUCCUCACCAUUAGAUUGAGGAUAUUCGCUGGAGUAGUAGUAAGUUAGCCUCCCCCAGCCCUCUUCCGUUUGAUCACAUUUUCAGUUUGUUGUAGUUGGAGCUGUAUGCUUAGGUGAAUGUACAUGAUUGAGCUUGGUUUUACUUUCGUAAUAAUAUGUUGUGUUCAUCCCAUAAUAUACAACUUCACUUCAGUUGUAUAAUAUUUCAACUUAAUGGUUAUCAUCACCCCGUGGAGUACUUGGACAUUUAUUUAUGAUUAAGUUCUCAUUGGUCA